ACAUUGAGCCUUAACACCAAUUUUUUAGGCACGUCAUCAUCAACAGAAAAAAUCGUACGAUGUUCAACUUGGUCUUCUGGGGGUAUUCACCCACCGCCCCUAUUGGGAAGAAGCGAAUUCCCCUCCUGUUUGAUUUCUUCCACUCGAUUUCUCUUCUUAGAACUCUUUAUCAUUGCAUCCCCCGGCACAUCUACGAACCAAAAAAACUCCCCAGAUAACAGACCUUCAGAGCAUUUGAAAGCCUACCGAAAGUGAACGGAUACAUACAUACUAGUCAUCAUGAUAUUUUUCUUCUCUCUCAUCAUUCUCCUCUCCUUGAGCUUAUGCUCCUUGCCCGUCCGGAGAUCACACAAGAGGCGUUCGAUUCGAACUAUUCUAGGAGUCACCUGUAUAGACGAUCACCUCAUUUAUCAGAACAUCGAUCCCACGCGGCUUCUCUCUACAAACGUCCCUGGCAAGUCCAUUCCGAACGACAAGGUAACCGGCAUGGACCCAAGCCUAGACGCUGGCUUUAUCGAAAGCCUACGUCUAAGACACCAACGUAUAAAUAGGAGUAGCCUACAUGUUCAACCUUUACGAAUUCUCAUGCUGCUUGGAUGCUUCCUAUUGCAUGCUAUCCCUGCUGCAUCGCUAGUAGUCCCUAGUACCUUGAGGAUUGCAAGUGGAGUGGGCUCAUCGGCGAGUGCUAUCGCUGUCGUGCCUCUCCGCACACUAGAAGGGGUCUCAAGCACAGCAUGGAUCGUAACCUAUGCUGUGUGGUUGAUUUGUUUCUUAAUAUAUAUAUUGCUACAGCUAAGACUUCUCCCAGGCGGGCGCGGUGACCGCAAAAACCUGUCAGUGCGGUUCCAAAUACGGACCUGCCUAUUAGCUGAUAACUUUCUAGGUAUAUUUUCACCGUUAUUUUAGCCGCCAUCCACUUCUCCAUCACAGUAGCCCAGAUUUCCGACAAUAUACUGGACAGCUUUACAAUAUAUGGUCCUAUUAUCUUCACGGUGUUCGCUUACUUAAUAUCCUUACUUUUC